AUGAACAAUUUAAGAAGCUGUUUAUAAUCAGAAUAGGCUUAUAGGGAAACAAAAGAAUAUAAGGAUAAUAUAGAAGAUGAGGCUACUUUGAGAUAUGUGUUGGAGACCAUUGAAGAGAUUCUUUAUUGUAAAUAAUCAGAGCCUAUAGAGAUGGUUUUAGGGAUGAGAUUAAUAAAAGAACUAAUGGAUCUUCAUCAUGAGUGUGUAUUGGAUGGAGUCACAAGGAAUAUAGUGUAAUUGAUUGAAGAGAUCAUCAAAGGGGAUUAGAAGAAGAGAGAGAGAGGGAAGUACUAUUUCAGCGAGAACCCAGAUUAAUAAUUGAUGCUUUUAGGGAAUACUCUUGUGAGAUUAUCAUUGGAGAGCAUAUUUGUUUGGAAUUUAUGGCAUCCACAUAAUCCAGUGAUCAGUCAAAUAUAUUAGAGAUUGAAACAGAGUGGAGUAGAGUUCCCUAAGUUACACUAUUUCAACGCUUAGAAAGUCAAGGAAUAUUAUAUGCUAGUCAAAGAGAAUUCAAAGAAUGGAACCUUAUGUAGACAACAGUCUUCAGUCUUGAAUGAAUAAUGUUUCGAAUAAUUAAAACAGGCUAUUGAAAGAAGUUAAUUUAACAAUGGGAAAUUGCAUGAGAUCAAUGAAGAAUUAAAAUAGAUCAAAACUGUCAAUGAAAACCAGAAACUCUUCAUUGAGAACUUUGACAAAGCCUAUUAAGAUUAUCUUGUUAACAAAUAGUUGGAGUAAUUUAAUAACUAAAUUCAUUCGAUUUGUUAAGAAUACGACGAAUUCCAAACUUAUCAGAAUAAAAACAAUCAACUAUGCAGUUAUUCUACAGAUAAAUAGAGCAAUCACAUCUCCAGAACUGUUAGUUAUCAAAAUUCUCAACACAAAAACAAUCAAUCCAUUGAAAAACUACUCCAAGAAAACGAUAUCAUCCAAGCUCAAAUCCAAAGUUUUGAAAUACCAAAAGCCUCUACUAAAAUAUAAGAUUAAUAUUAUUGA